UUCUUGUCUAGAACGAACGAUCAAGCAUCAGCCAAAAACGGAAACGUGUAGCGGACGAAGUAUCGCCAUCACUGACGAGGUCGAAGCUGCAAAAGCUAGACGAAGAAUAUGCACAAAAUGAGAACGAUAACAGCAUUUGGGACAUCGGAAAAGUAUUAGCUUUACCGACACCAGUGAGGAAACCGACCUAUACAUUCGGCUCAAAGAAGUCAAAGCGUCCACAGCACCACGAGCGGCAGCUAGCAUCAUCUAAAACUGCCGGAUCUGUCAAUAUUUUCGCCAGCUUGAAUAUGGGUGAUACAGCACAACAACAGCCCUCCAGAUCUUCCUCAUCAACGCUACCAAUGUCAUUUAUUGUUAGACCACAGUCGAAGCCUGUCUUGAAAACAACAGAGCUUUCCGAAACCGCAGCUAAAAAUAGUAGUAACAGCAACGAUACUGACGCUGAGUCGUUGGUGUCGUCAAAAAUGUCACCAACAACGCAAAAAGAUGGAGAUACUACAGCAGUAGCAACAGCACAAAUGCAAGUCCAUUCUACAGACUCUACAAUGAUGGCUAGCUCAAUUAAACAAACGAAUGAAGGCAGGCAGUUGCUAGCCGAAGCAAGCCCUGACACGUCCCCGAACGUUAGCGAAAAGAGACAGUCGGGUUCGCUGAAAAUGACCACUGACGAAAAUAGUAGACCACAAGGCGUAGAUACUAUAACUAAGGAUAAAGGUAAGGAUAAAGCCGAUAUCCCGCAUACUACCUUGCUCUAUCCUCCUUCUGUUCCGAACCGCACAACAAAAGAACUGUCAACUGCACGGCUUUCAAGUCAACAUUUACCAUCGCAAAAAAGACCUUCCUUGAGUCUAUCUAAAACAAAAACUAUCGAACAACGACAGCAGUUGCAAGAGACACCUCUGCGACAAUCACCCCACCAUUUAUUUCACCAAACGCUUACUGUUCAAGAAGAACGGUUAUAUUUACAAUCUACACCUCAGCGAGGCAAUGGUGUUGUUCAUGCUCAUACUAUUUUCGGCGAUGAUUUGCCAUUCAGUCCUAUUCGAGGAACCUCUACUUCUGGGGUACUUAAUUCGUCAUCAUCAACAGCAACGCAGAAUCAUGCCGCUACCAGCAUACAUCAUAUAUCUAACAUUGCAUAUCCUGACACGCCUAUGCUUGCUUCAGGUCGUCUACGUCCUUUUGGCCAACAAACAUCCUCUCUAGCAUCACCCUCUACAGUCCCUCAUACACCUUCUCGAUUAUCCCAUCAACGACCACUACAAUCUUCAUCAACAGGAACGACUCUCACUAGAGAUGAACAAGGAGAAGAAGAAAAUGGAAAACAAAAAGGGCGGCAGCUACCGCUAGAGAGGCCCAACCUUCCCAGUUUAGAUGAUAUACCCCCUCCUGAUGUAUCAAAUUUUGUAUUAACUUUAUCUGAAAAGGAAAAGAAUAUGACAGUAGAAGAAUUUAUACAAGCAAUCAUAGAUACUAAUGUUCAAAAAGUGAAAGAACGUGGUGAGGAUAUGAUGAAGCAAAUCAGAGCUCGAUCAGACCAAGUUAAGAUACAAUUACUGAAGCAGAAAGGACAACUGCGUUGAAAUACGACUGCCUACAAUGGUUAAAUCAUUGUUUGAACGUCAAAGGAAAACAAAAAAAAAAAAAGUAAAAAAAAAAAAAGACAUCUUUAUUCUUCAUUUGACGAUGAAAAAUGAAAACGAGGACCCUACUGCAAAUACGUGAUACG